GGGCGGGGGCAGGGGAACCGGAUUUCCGGGCGGGGGCAAGCUACGCGGAGGCCGCGUGAGGAAUAGGCGAUUUGAAAACACGCUCUCUGCUAGGGCAGAAGAAAAGGCGGCGUUGAGUGCGGCCAGUUCCGGGGGUAGUAGUGGCGCGAGCCGACGUCCCUCCUUGCCCGGGUUGGGCCCUUCGCACCCCCACAUCAUAGUUCCAGGAUUCAAGAAUGACUAAAAAAAGGAAACACCAAGAUGACUUUCAAAAGGUGAAACUGAAAGUUGGAAGAAAGAAGCCUAAAGUAGAAAAUGCCACAGAUACAAACUUUAAAACAAAAACAAUAUGCCUUCCUGCGCAACUCAAAGAGGAUGAAACACUCCCAACUAAUAACAGAAAACUUAACAUAAAGGACCUCCUGUCACAGAUGCACCACUACAAUGCUGGAGUUAAGCAAAGUGCUCUUCUUGGGCUCAAAGACCUUUUGUCUCAAUACCCGUUCACAAUUGAGGCACACCUUUCAAACAUAUUAAGUGAAGUAACUGCAGUGUUUACAGACAAAGAUCCUAAUGUAAGAGCAGCAGCAGUCUGCCUUCUUCAGUUCUUGGCUCCAAAAAUACGACCUGAACAAAUAACUCCAUUUUUUCCUUUAGUAAGUGCCCAUCUCUCUAGUGCCAUGACUCAUAUUACUGAAGGAAUUCAGGAAGACUCUCUGAAAGUCUUGGAUAUUCUGCUGGAAGAGUACCCAGCUCUUGUUACUGGCCGCAGCAGUGUAUUGCUAAAGAAUUUUGUAGAACUUAUUUCUCAUCAGCAGCUUUCUAAAGGACUGAAAAAUAGAGACAGAUCCCAAUCCUGGAUAUUAUCUGUUAAUCCUAAUCGGAGACUCACUUCUCAGCAAUGGAGGCUAAAUGUAUUAGUGAGGCUCAGUAAAUUCCUUCAGGCUUUGACUUAUGGAUCCACUAGUUUGGGAGAAUCUGGUGAUCGACUUCAGGAACAAAAAGACAACCCCUAUGCUACUAGGAAUUCCAUUUUUGUCAACUGGAAGGAACAUGCCAAUGACCAGCAGCACAUCCAGGUUUACGAAAAUGGGGGUUCACAGCCAAAUAUCCAUUCACAUUUCAGGCUACGGUACCUGGUUGGAGGAGUAGGUGGUAUGGAUGAGAGCUUGUCAACAGCUGAAAAUUUGAAAGGAUUCAUUGAAAUAAUAAUUCCAUUACUGAUCGAAUGCUGGAUUGAAGCUACACCUUCCCAACUUGCUACUUCUCUUAUAAAUCCUUUAGGAUCAGAAUCUCAUCAGCUUAUGGAGCAAGUACUUAGUGUCAUUUCCCUACUGUGGAAACUCUCUAAGCAACAUGAUGAUACCCAUAAAAUGGAGGUAUGGCUUCGAAAGAAUUACCUUCUUGAUUUUAAGCACCAUUUUAUGAGUAAUUUUCCUUAUAAUCUACAAGAAAUAAUGAAACAUAAAAGGAAAGAAUCAAAUAAAAGCAGCAAGUGCAUAACUCCAUUAAACAAUGUAGAUCAUCUGUUACUGAAUUUAACUUUGUGUGAUAUCAUGGUGUCCCUGGCAAGUACCUCAACAUUGCAGAAGGACUUUGAUUGGAUAGAAAUGAUUAGGAAAUUUGUAACUGAGAGUUUUGAAGAUGGCUACAAACUAAACAAUAAACAAUUGAACAGAUUGCUUGGGGUGACAUGGAGAUUAAUGCAAAUACAGCCAAAUAGAGUGGCAACAGAGGUGCUAAUCAGGGCAGUUUAUACACUUUAUCAACAGAAGAAUCUCCUUGUUUCUGUCCGUUCUUCACUUCUGAACUUUUUUAGUAGCAUUUAUCAGAAAGAAGAAAUGGGUCCUCACAAAAUCAAAAGCCGGAGUAAAGUGUUAUCUCGCUGGCUGGCUAGCUUGCCCUUGCAGCUCGCUCAACUUGGCUGUAAAAACCCUGAACUCUCAACUCAGCUUAUUGAGAUCAUUCAUGCUGCUGCAGCACGAUCGAAUAAAGAGCUGCUGAACAGCUUGCAGGCGACUGCUCCUCGGAUCUACGAUCCACAAGAAGGCACUGUGGUUCUUCUUCCUGCAGCAUCUCAGCAGCGUUUGGUCCAAUUGAUAUAUUUUCUGCCUUGCCUCCCUGCUGAUUUACUGUGCCAUUUAAGUCAUUGCUGUAUAAUGGGAAGACUUAGUUCAAGUCUGGCUGCUGCCCUUAUAAGGAUACUGCAUAUGAGAUCUGCAUUUUCUGGAUGGAAACGUUCUCUGCAAGCAAGUACAAUGAAUGAUGUGGACUAUUUCAGUUUCUUAUUUUCAACUCUCACAGGGUUUUCAGCCAAGGAGAUGUCGUGGCUUCAGAGCAUCCGAGGGAAUCCUCAUAUCAGCCAAACACAGCUCUCACCAGUACUUCUCUACCUAACUGACUUGGAUCAGUUUUUGCACCACUGGGAUGUGACAGAGGCAGUGUGUCACAACUUAUCCAUUAUUCCUGCUCGAAGUCAGUGUUUGGAUGUCCUGCAAAGUGCUAUCAGUAAGCACAUGGCUGGAUUGUCUGUAAUCCCUGAUAGCACUGCUGGAUCUAUUUUGUGUGUUGUGAGUAAGCUCCUGGAUCAAGCUUGUGUACUUACUGAGACAAUAUAUAAGUUUCUAGCGUCUUGCUGUUACAGUCUUCUUCACUUCCUCCUCACUUUAGAAAAAGCGGAUGCAGAGCAUAUGAGAAAGAGGGAUAAAUUAUGGGGACCCUGUAUUUCAGUAUUGGCUGUUCUGCCCCGAGUACUAAGACUGAUGCUCCAGAAUCUGCAGAUCAAUAAAACAUGUCAAGAAGAGUUGCCAGUUGUGGCUCAGCUGAUUCGCUUGCUGCUGCAGCAUGCACCACUGAGGGUGCAUAUGAUGACAAAUGCACUUCUGGUACAGCAGAUUGUCAAGGAUAUUAUGACAGUGAAGAGUGGAGGAACUCAGGAGCAGUGGCUCACAGACCUGCAUUACUGCUUCAACAUUUAUCUGGCCAGCCGCCCCCAGAGCUCCGGGGCAGUUAGCACAGUCUGUUGAAGACACACAACUUUAAACUGUUUACUUCUGUAUUAUUUUGAAAAAACAUUGGAACAAUAUUUCUCAAUAAAGCUGAACUUUAAAGAAA